GGCGCUGCUCGGGGCCUUGGCAGCUCUCACCUGGCGCCGUUGGGACCUUUCCCGGGGGGCGGAGACGCACGCAGCGGCUGGGGGCUCGGCCUGGCCGUCCCGGCCUGUGCAGCCUGAGAUUCUCUUUGUGGCCAGAUGGGUUUGUAUGGACAGAAUUGUCCAUCUGUAACCGCAUUAAGGAUGACAUCUGAACUGGAUAGCAGCCUAACAUCUAUGGACUGGUUACCACAACUCACUAUGAGAGCAGCCAUCCAAAAAUCUGAUACUACACAAAAUGUACAUGGAGCAGGAAUUUCCAAGAAGAAUGCACUUCUUGACCCAAAUACGACCCUGGACCAGGAAGAAGUCCAACAGCACAAAGAUGGGAAGCCACCAUACAGUUAUGCCAGCCUCAUUACAUCUGCAAUUAAUAGCUCACCCAAAAAGAAAAUGACUCUAAGUGAGAUUUACCAGUGGAUUUGUGACAACUUUCCAUAUUAUAGAGAGGCUGGCAGUGGUUGGAAGAAUUCCAUAAGACAUCAUUUGUCACUGAACAAGUGUUUCCUUAAAGUGCCUCGAUCCAAGGAUGACCCUGGAAAGGGGUCCUAUUGGGCAAUAGACACCAAUCCGAAAGAAAAUGUGCUGCCUACUCGGCCAAAGAAGAGAGCAAGAUCUGUAGAACGGGCCUCAACUCCAUAUAGCAUAGAUUCAGAUUCUUUGGGAAUGGAGUGUAUUAUUUCUGGAAGUGCCUCUCCAACUCUGGCAAUCAACACUGUGACUAACAAAGUAACAUUAUACAACACUGAUCAGGAUGGUAGUGGUAGUCCACGCAGUAGCCUUAACAACAGUCUUUCAGACCAGAGUUUGGCAUCUGUUAAUUUGAAUAGUGUUGGAAGUGUGCAUAGUUACACCCCGGUGACAAGUCAUCCAGAACCAGUGUUGCAGUCAUUAGCUUCUCAACAACAGCCACAGUACAACCUUCCAGAACGAGACAAGCAACUACUUUUCUCAGAAUAUAAUUUUGAAGAUCUCAGUGCCUCAUUUCAGAGCCUUUAUAAAUCAGUUUUUGAGCAGUCACUUAGUCAGCAAGCCGUUGUCUCCGCGUCUCUCAUCAUGCCAGUUGACCCAACUGUUCUCCGUUCUUGGGUGUUAAGAAGCAGUGUAGCCAUAGCAGAGGCGACAGCAGCAGCAGCAGCAGAGGAUUUUCAAUCUGCCCUGCUAGGCCCAGACUGUAGCAGUGAGCAUGGCCUGCAAUUUCCAGAGUAG